AUUAAUAAUAUAAAAUAUUCAAUUUGUUUUAUUUCUUUUAUUUUUUUAUUUAUAAUAAGAAUAUUAAAUUUUAUUUUUAUAAUUUAUUUUAUUAUAAAUAAAUUAGUUAUUUUAUUAGAAUGAGAAAUUAUUUCUUUUAAUUCAAUUAGAAUUGUUAUAUCUAUUUUAUUAGAUUGAAUAUCUUUAUUAUUUAUAAUAUUUGUAUUUUUGAUUUCUUCUGUUGUUAUUUAUUAUAGAAAAAGAUAUAUAAGUUCAGAAUUAAAUUUAAUGCGAUUUAUUAUUUUAGUUUUAUUAUUUGUAUUUUCUAUAAUAUUAUUAAUUAUUAGUCCUAAUAUUAUUAGAAUUUUAUUAGGUUGGGAUGGUUUAGGUUUAGUAUCUUAUUGUUUAGUUAUUUAUUAUCAAAAUUUAAAAUCUUAUAAUGCUGGAAUAUUAACCGCUUUAUCUAAUCGUAUUGGUGAUGUUCUUAUUUUAAUGGUAAUUUCUUGAAUAUUAAAUUAUGGUAGUUGAAAUUAUAUUUUUUAUUUAGAAUUCAUAAAUAAUGAUUGACAAAUAAAAUUUGUAAGAAGAAUAAUUAUUAUGGCUGCUAUAACUAAAAGAGCUCAAAUUCCUUUUAGAUCUUGAUUACCUGCAGCAAUAGCAGCUCCAACUCCUGUUUCAGCUUUAGUUCAUUCAUCAACUUUAGUCACUGCUGGAGUUUAUUUAUUAAUUCGAUUUAAUAUAUUAUUAUUAGAUACUUUUUUUUUAAAGAUAUUAUUAUUAUUAUCUGGGUUAACUAUAUUUAUAGCUGGUAUUUCUGCUAAUUAUGAAUUUGAUUUGAAAAAAAUUAUUGCUUUGUCUACUUUAAGACAAUUAGGUUUAAUAAUAAGAAUUUUAAGAAUAGGAAUACCUGAUUUGGCUUUUUUUCAUUUAUUAACUCAUGCAAUAUUUAAAGCUUUAUUAUUUAUAUGUGCAGGUGUAAUUAUUCAUUUAAUAAAUGAUAUACAAGAUAUUCGAUUUAUAGGGGGAAUUUCUAUAUAUAUUCCUUUAACUACAUUAUGUAUAAAUAUUUCAAAUAUAGCUUUAUGUGGAAUUCCUUUUUUAGCUGGAUUUUAUUCUAAGGAUUUAGUUUUAGAAAUAGUUAAUUUUAGAACAUUUAAUUUAAGAAUUUUUUUUUUAUUUUAUUUAUCAACAGGAUUAACAAUAUUUUAUAGAUUCCGUUUAGUUAUGUAUUUAAUAAUUAAUGAUUAUAAUUUAAUAAGAAUUUAUAAUUUAUAUGAUGAGGAUUAUGUUAUAUUAAAAAGAAUAUUUAUUUUAUUAUUUAUAAGAGUUAUUAGAGGAAGUUUUUUAAAUUGAAUAAUUUUUCCUUAUCCUUAUAUAAUUUAUUUACCUUUUAAUAUAAAAAUAAUAGUAAUUUAUGUUAGAUUAAUUGGAGGUAUAUUUGGUUAUUUAGUUAGAAAUAUAAAUAUUUAUUCAGUAAAUAAAUUUAUUAUAACUUAUAAUUUAAGAAAUUUUUUAGGGAUAAUAUGAUUUAUACCUAAUUUAUCUACUUAUGGUUUAAAUUAUUAUUUUCUUAAGUUUAGACAAAAUUUAGUAAAAAAUAUUGAUUUAGGUUGAAGAGAAAUUUAUAGAGGGUUUGGUAUAAUAUCUAUUAUAAAAAAGAAUUCUGUAUUAUAUAAUAUUUAUCAAAUAAAUAAUUUUAAAAUUUAUUUAUUUAGAUUUGUUAUUUGAAUAGUAAUUAUUUUAUUUAUAAUAUUAUUUAAUAUUUAA